CAAGAAAGUGAGCGCGCGACACGCGUUUUUUUUUUUAAAUAUCUCCCGCCAAAAAAACCCGAUUUGACGUUGACGUCCCGAGUUGCGUCCAAAAAUAAAAAUAAGUUUAUUUUUUAUUUUUAUUUUGAGUUUCAUGUCGGUGCGUUGAACUUAUUGAGUGCAGCGUCCUCUGGUUUCAUAAGUGAUUAUGUUACGCGUAGUGAAAGUGCAGUGACGUAAACAUUACAUUAGAUCAGACAUUAUGGCGUGUACUAUUGGGUUAGGGAAGUGCAACACUUUUGAUAUCGUUAUCGGUAUUUUAUUUCUAACAUCACAAGCAAGAUGCCAGUAUCAAGCUGUCCACCAGGGUAGUAUCCUUCAUGCAAUCUCCGGGACCACCGAUGAGUUCAUAUCUUCAAUCGGGCCAUCCACCUUGGCAUCAGUUUUCUUCACCAAGGAAAAGAUCACCUGAUAUCCAAGCUUAUUACAAUGGGCCAUACAGUCAACCACAUUCAUAUAACCAAAACCCGUUUCAAAUGCAAGGACCACAAAACUUACAAGAUUUUCCCCAAACAUACAAUAGCCGAUCAUCAUCAGCUGAUCUAAUUCACUCGGAGACAAGAGGUAACUUCAACGAUGGCAGACUCUUAUCCGAAUCAGCAUUCACCAGAAUAUCUGAAACUCUUGGAGCAAUCAAUACAGUAGGACAUUACCUCAUAGAUAUGGUGAAUGAAAAUGAAAGAAAUGAAACCGACCCUAACUUAAAACAACUCCCACAGGCUCUUUAUACAAUCAGUAAAAACGUUCUUGGGAGAAAUGUUACUGAUAAAAUCGCCCCAAUAGUGAAAAAAGCGUUACCCAAAGUUUUACCAGAUGCACCAAUAACAAGAAUAGCAACAGCAGACGUUAAACCUAAUGAUACCAAAGGGUGUACAACUCCAGAAGGAGAACAGGGUGUGUGCGAAGAUUUAAGUAACUGUCCACAAUUACUUUUAAAUCUUGUAAGUCUUCGUGAAUCGUUAUGUUUUAAAGAUCUAUUUGUUCCUGGCGUGUGUUGUCCGAAAGAUGCUGUUGUUCCUUCAACACAGGCAAUAGAGAAACCAGUAGUAAGCACAACAAGUAAACCUACAUAUUUAGUACCAGUGACAACUCAACGACCGACGCAAAAGCCUACAACUACUAAGAAACCAUCGGCCAUACUUGUUUUGACGACUAAGAAACCAAGACCACAAACAACCAGUACUGCUAGACCAAUAACAACAUUUUCAACUGCAACUACACGAGCUCCAUCAACAACCAGCUAUUACAGUGUCACUUCUCCAAUCAUCGCCAAUUAUUCGAACAUUGUGGAUAUUAACGAUUGUGGUCAGAGGGAAGACGAAGGUGGACGUAUUGUCGGCGGCACGGAAGCCAAGCCGGGUGCUUGGCCGUGGAUGGCUGCCAUAUACCUGCAUGGAAAUAAGCGUCGUGAAUUCUGGUGCGGUGGCACCCUGGUCGGACCAAAACAUGUGCUGACCGCUGCGCAUUGUACAAGAGAUUCCAAACAGAGACCUUUCCCAGCGCGCCAGUUCAGUGUACGUCUGGGUGACGUGGACUUAUCGCGUGACGAUGAACCUUCCCGGCCAGUGACGCUGCGCGUGACGGCGGUGCGCGCCCACGAACAAUUCUCAAGAGUCGGCUACUACAAUGACAUCGCUGUGCUUGUGCUAGGUGAAAACGUUCAAAAAUCGAAGUACGUGAUACCCAUCUGCCUGCCACGCGGUGAUCUCGCCCGUGAACAGUUUGCGCGCUCAGUGGCCACGGUAGUCGGCUGGGGUACUACACGCUACGGCGGCGCAGAGAGCUCGCGCCAGCUGGAAGCGCGUCUGCCUGUCUGGAAAAACGAAGAUUGCGACCGAGCUUACUUCCAGCCCAUCACGGACACCUUCCUGUGCGCCGGCUACCCCCGAGGCGGAGUUGACGCGUGUCAGGGUGAUUCUGGAGGUCCACUCAUGCUUCAAGCUAACGGCCGUUGGACCCAAAUCGGUGUGGUGUCCUUCGGUAACAAGUGUGGAGAGCCUGGCUACCCCGGCGUCUACACCAGAGUCACGCACUACUUGAACUGGCUACAACAGAACCUAACAUAACUGGCUAGCGACAUCAAAUUUUGUAUCGAUAUAAUCCGCAAAAUACUUUAUUCCAAAAAUAUCAAGACUUAUUACUCUCUAUCUAGUCUGCUCAAUUGGGAUGAAGAU